AUGGCCCCCAAGAAGGGUGUUUCCACCUCGCUGGCCGAGGUGAAGAAAAGAAAGUCGGCGUGCGCGGAGUGCCGGAGAAGGAAGAAGCGAUGCGGGCACCGCGUCGACCUUCCUUCGGUCUCCGAGGCCGUUGUUCCCCCCGCCGUCGCCGCCGACGCUGCCAAUGCCGCCAACGUCCCCGACGUCCCGGCGGCCGCCGCCCAAGUCGAUGCACCGAUCGACGACAUCACCGCGGCAAGAAUCCUCAUUUCCAUGAGGAAUAGCUCCUCCGCACAGGAGCCGGCCCUGGAGCGUGACCAGACGCGGUUCAGGAUUUGUGCGCCGCGCCGGAGCCCCCGUCCACGGGCCGUGGACAACGCCACCAUGAUGGCGUUAAACACCAGCUUCUCCCGGCAAAUGGCCAAGAAGCUGGAGGACUUUGAGGCCAAGUACCAGGCCUCCAUGGCUGCGCACCAGGCGGUCAUGGAGGCUGGGAAGGCCGUUAAGGACCUGUCGGACUGGUGGCUGGACACCUGGCGUGCCCAACAAGAUUAG